GUGAAAUAUAGCCGUUUGGAAGAUGGAAGAAGAUGAAGCUGGAGCUGGAGCAAGUGUUGAUGGAAAGAUGAUCUCCAUUGAGCAAGAGGAUGUUGAUUUAGUUGAAAUAAAUGGAGACAUGUAUGUGGGAGAUGUUCUUGUGGAAGGCAUAGAUGAAGUGCAAGGCAACGAGAUUGUUGCUUUAACUCCUACUGGGAAGGUGAGUGGGUGCAAAAUAGGGGCAAAUGAGGUUGUUCCUGCACCGUUUGUGGGCAUGGUAUUCCCUAACUUGGAAGCGGUGGAUAGUUUUUAUAAAAAUAUGGGAAGCAGGAAGGAUUGGGGUUGUGCGUUCGGGUGGGGCAUAUAG